GAAUCAGAGCUCCUCCUCAUCUUUUUCCCUCUGAUUUUUUUUUAUUUUACAGAGUUUAUUUUGAUUGUUUCCUAUUAUUUAUUUUAAUCAUUGUGGUUUAAGCAGGGUGGUGGCCCUUUUAAGGACCAGAAAAGUGGCAUUUUUCAGAAGGCCAUUCAUUUUAUUGAUUUUUCUGGGUGAAUUUGCAAUGGGGUGGUCUCCUAAAUCUGCAACCAAUGCUUAUCUCGACACUCUAAAGCUGUGCAAAUCAGAGCAAGAAAAAGGCCAUGAGCAGGUCAGAGAACCAGAGAGCAAUGAAUACCUAUCAGCCUUAGCAGCAGGCAUGAGUGCACAACUCAUAGUUGAAGUCUCCAAUGGUGUGUCUCCAUCCACUAUAGCCUUAGCAGCGGCCGCCCGCCAAACGGGAGGUCGCCUUGUGUGCAUUUUGCCUGAGCCCAACACCUUAGAUGAGUCAAAAAAGGCAAUCAAAGAGUCAGGUCUCAAGGACAUGGUUGAAUUCAAGGUUGGUGAUCCCUUUGAGCUGGUCCCAAGAUAUGAAAACAUUGAUUUUUCAUUAGUUGAUUGCAAGAGUGAUGACAAUGUGGGUCUCUUUAAGUUGCUUGAUGUGAACCCAAGGAGGUCAGUUGUGGUGGCCAGCAAUCUUAGUGGGAGUAGAAAGGGGGUGGGAGGGAGUGUGAGUUCAAUGAAGGGAAAGGAAGGGGUGAGAACUGUGACAAAUCCAAUUGGCAAGGGAAUGGAGGUGACAAAGAUAGGGAAAAGUGAUGAGUUUUUGAGGGAGGUGAAAGAGAGGAGGGGAAUUGGGAUUCCUAAGAGAGCAAAGAGCAAGUGGGUUAUGAAUGUUGAUGAGGAGACAGGGGAGGAGCACAUAUUUAGAGUGCCUAGGAGCAUUUGAAUUUUCAUUUGAGACUGCCUAUGUCUCCAUUGAGCAUGGAGCUUUUGAACAUCUCUCUCUUGGAGAAAGUUUUGGUUGAUAGGCUAUUUACUUUACUAUUGAUAAAUAAGGAAUUUUGCAUGUUACUUGGUAUUUAUUGAUGUUGAUCAAGAACGGGAAGGACAAAAAGUUUUGGCAUGAAAGGGGGCAGGAGUGUGGAUCAAGAGUCAAGGCACAUACAAGGUGCCUAGUACAACUCCCCUUCAAAAAACUUGCCAUCAAUUUGAGGAUCUAUUGUCAAGUGAAUUUACAUUUUUUUGUAUAUAGGAUCAAGUUCUUUUGUUAUUGAUGAGUUUCGAUAUUCUCCAUUGUCCUCAAUAAAUGAGUUAGAUGGAUA